GUCACAACUGUCACCUGUAAUUUAAAGGUCAGAGCCUAUCACACCACAGACAACUUUCAGAGGACCUGCAUCAGGACAUAUAUAUCAGAAACAUACCAUGGCCUCCACAUUCUCUAUGCGAAACUACUCGGCCCGCCAGCCUUCCUUCUCCAGCAUGUCUCUGAGAGACAGCAGCAGCAGACGGAGCCGUUCCAAGGCCCCUGUCUCCUCUAUGUCUUUCGCCAACACCCUGUCCCUCUCCCGCUCCCUUUCCAUGGGCAACGGGCUCAACGUCCUGGGCACGCUGAACGGCCGGGGUGGGGGGGGCUGUGACAAGGAGGCCAUGCAGGGACUGAACGACCGGCUGGCCAACUACCUGGAAAAGGUGCGCUCUCUGGAGAGAUCCAACGCUGAGCUGGAGCUGAAGAUUAAACAGCUGAUGCUGGAGCGGGCCCCUAAGGGCCAUGAUAUCGAGGGCAUGAUGGCCCAGGCUCACGCAAUUGGACAGGAGAUGAGAAAGAAGACCCUGGAAAAUGCACGCAUCAUGCUGGAGAUUGAUAAUGCCAAGUUGGCCGCAGAUGACUUCAGGAUCAAAUGGGAGUCUGAAGCCACGCUGUGCCAGUCUGUAGAGAGGGACUGUCUGGCUCUCAGGAGGGCCAAGUCCGACCACGACCAGUUCGUGGCUACCUUGAGAGGCGAACUAGGCAGCUUGAAGGAGGAGCUCUUUUUCCUCAAGAAAAAUCACGACGAGGAGAUGGGCUCUGUGAAGGCCCGUAUGUCCAACGGACAGGUGAAUGUGGAGGUGGACGCGACCCAGGGUCCAGACCUUGGGUCCAUACUGUCUGAACUGAGGAUGCAGUAUGAGGGCAUCGCUCGCAAGAACAAGGAGGACUCAGAGACCUGGUACCUGAAGAAGCUGGAGUCAGUACAGUCCGAGGUGAAGGAAAGUGGAGAGGCACUGCGCUCUGCUAACAGUGAGCUCAUCGAGAGACGGCGCUUCCUACAGGCCCUGGAGGGGGAACUGGACAGUCUGCGCAAGCAGGUGGACGUGUUGGAGGGAAACCUGGGAGAGACCAGCCAUAAGUAUGCUCUGGAGAUGGACCGUUUACAGGCCACACUGUCUCUGCUGGAAGAGGAGCUAUCCCAGCUGCGUCUGGACAUGCAGCGCAAUAAAACCGACUACGAACAGCUGCUACGCAUCAAGCAGAACCUGGAGCUGGAGAUCGCCACCUACAGGCGGCUGCUGGAAGGAGAGGAAGGGAUCAAGGAAAUGCCUCCUAAAAAAGAGCCUGAGGUGAGGACCAGGAAGAUUGUCAAGGUGGUCACACAAACCAUGAUCGAUGGCAAGGUGGUGGAUGAAUCCAGCGAGGUGGAGCAUAUUGAGGAGAGGAAGAAAUGAGCUUAGUUAAUCUUCAUUCGCUUCAUCAUCAAACAUACACAAAGAGAGCCUUUGCUCACUAAAUUCUGGUUGGAAACACGUAUUUGGGAAAUGUCAGUUUUUUUUAACAUACUAACCGAACUGAAUAGGGACGAUGAGAGUCGACUAAGGAACCCACCGAACGUCAAUAUUUGGACAUGCGGUAACUGUAAACAGCUGUGAUUACGUAAAUAUUUGGGACACAUUUUCGGCAUCUUUUUUUUGGUGCAUUUUAAUUGUUUGGAAAUAUUGUGUGGUGAGUGUAGGCUUAUUGUGAAAUAGAAAGUGUGUGAGCAAAAGGCCAUUAAAUAUCCUCACUCCAGCAGAGCCUGCAGCCUACUGGUAAUGUUCCCAAAUUCGAUACAUAUAACUCCUUUAAUCUGCCCCCCACAUAUUUGUCUCCCCUCUGUCAUUUCACACUCUCUUAAGUGUCAAAAUACCCUAAAACAGAUCUUUAAAACAAAAGGGAUUCCUACGUUACAUCAAGCUGACCUUUUUAACUACUGUAUACUGUAUAUUCAUAGCCAAAACAUAAUUCUGCAUACAUUGCAUAUAAAGUGCCUAAAAAAAUGUAUAGAAAUGAAAAGGAACUCUGUUAGCAGUCGGCAUAAGAAGACGUUAAUUUCACCUAAGAUAUUAAAUAAAUGAUGUACUAUAUGUAUCUCAAUGUAUUUACAUCUGUCAUAGUGGGUUAACAUGGCUCCAUAAAUAACCUAUGGAAGAAAUAUCAGGAAUUAAUAAAGAAUGGCAAUGUCUGUG